AUGGAUUCAUUCGUUGCUCGGAGCUGCAGCACCAGGCGGUGCACUCCUCUCAUGCUUGGUGGCGUUGUGAUUGCUUUCGACGCAUACAAAACUCAUGACAUCGACGAGUUCAAGAAGAUUAUUAAUGAUGUUUUGGAUAGGGAACAGACGUUCGAAGAAGUUAGAACAAUCACGUUCCUGGGAGCGCUGGACAGAGUCCUUCAUCCCAUGGGGUUCAAGAUCCAAGUAGAACAUAAGACCUUCGUGGGAGCACACGGUCGUGCAAUCGAGGAAGACGUUUCUAGAAAGCUCGAAGAGUAUUUAAGCACACUCCAAAGCAGUGCCGUUGAAUGUGAAGAAAAAGGGGUGGAAAUCCAAGUGAAAAUCAUAGUUGGAGCUCCAUUGCUUGAUGUUCUUGUAGAAGAAAUAUCAUCACUGCGUGCAACAUGGACAAUACUUGAUAGGAAACUGAAAAAGGAAACAAGGUCUUGCUACCUUAAAAAUCUGUCUUGCAAAGUUGCACAAGUGCGUGAUAACUUGUGUUUGGAGAUACUGAGGCCUUAUCACAUCGACACCGGCUACAGAAACACGAAGCAUAAGCUGAUUUACUCGUUAGGCAAGGCGGUGCCACUGCCUCCUACACAAGAAGAUGAGAGUGACAUGACCUCUACCAGGUCCCUGCCUAUCACUCCCAUGAUAAGGUCUUGUAAUCCAAACAACGGCUUGAUGGCGCCUCCGUUGACGAACUCUGAGGAGAAGCUCGUCUCCUCGGACGAUGAGAGUGACACGAGUCCUCCACAAGAAUCACAAGUUUAUGCAGGAGAGAUUGAGAUCGAGGAAGAAGAUAAACACGGUGGCUCCAGGAAAGUGGAGAACAAGGAUGAUGUCGUUGAUUCGAGUUACUCGGAGAUGAAGAUUGAGGCAGGUGAAUAUUCCUCCGAUACUUCACCAGAAGAUAACGAUCCCAAAGAAGAAAACAAGGCGGGAGACGAUGAAACCCAAGAGUGUUCCAACGUUUCUGAUCAGCCUUUCCCUUGUGAUUCUGAGGAGACGAACGCAUGCCUUGAAUCACUGAGAUCCAGCUAUUCGCUCGUGCAGACUGCAACAGAUGACGUCUCGUUCGACAAAUUUCUUGGCGAAGGCGGACACGAGGUUGAGUACAAGGUCAAGCUUAGUGAUUGCAAGGAAGAAAGCAAGGCAGGGGAGGAAGUAGGCGACGAAAUCCAAGAGCGUUCCAGCGCUUCUGAUAAGCCUUUUCCUCGUGAUUCUGAGAAGACGAAUGCGUGCCUUGACCUACAGGGAUGCAGCUAUUCGAUCGUGCAGACUGCAACGGAUGACUUCUCGUUCGACAACUUCAUUGGCGAAGGAGGGUACGGGAUCGUAUACAAGGGCAAGCUCAGUGAUGGGCAGCUUGUGGCUGUGAAGGUGCAGAAGGAGACAAGAGCACAGACUUCUGCUGAGUUUCUUAAUGAAGUCUCGAUUCUCAGCGCUGCUCGACACGUGAACAUUGUCCCGCUUCUUGGCUACUGCAGCAAGGGAAACCUUAGAAUCUUGAUUUAUGAGUACAUGCACAACAAGUCUCUGGAGUGGCAUUUAUUUGAUAAUGCAGCUGGAGUUCUUGAAUGGAGCCAGCGAUACGCUAUCGCUGUCGGCGCUGCAAAAGGGCUGCAGUUUUUACAUGAGUGCUGCGAGAGUCCCAUCGUUCACUGCAACGUUAGGCCAACCAAUGUGAUGCUAACACAAGACCUUAUUCCAAUGCUGGGAGAUUUUGGGCUUGCUAAGUAUAGCACUUCGAAAUUCGAUAAACAGAGAAAUUUUCUUGGAAAUCUUGGAUAUGUGGCACCAGAGGGCAGCAUUGGGUGUGUGAAGGCAGACGUGUAUGCGUUCGGCAUAGUGUUGGCGCAGCUUGUAUCAGGGCGGAAGGCGGUGGAUGCGGCAGCCGGGGAUCAGCAGCAGUCGAUCAGGGAAUGGGCUUUAUCUUUAAUUGAAUCUCUGGCGUUGGAUGAUCUCGUUGAUCCACGCCUCGGGGCUGCCUACUGCGCCUAUGAACUCUACAACAUGGCUCGAGCCGCCUACUCGUGCCUACAGACUGCGCCUCUGUCGCGCCCAACUAUGACGGAGAUCGUAUGCAUACUCGAGGGGAAGAACGAUCAUCUUCGCCAUGUCAGUAGCAAUUUAUACCCCAUGAUAAUAAGAGGAGAGGCUUGCAGCUUCGACUAA